GCCCUGGGUGGAAUUGCUCUUUCGCCGGCCGUCGUCUUUGCUGAGGGCCCCAAGAGAAAACCCAUCUACGAUGACGCCGAGCCCUUUUCUCCCCAGCCCACAGCGCCUUCACUGCCCUCACUACCGGCCAUCCUCCCCAGCAAGCCCGCCGACGACGACAAGGCCGCCGACCACGAGCACUCCUCCCGAGCCCCGACCCCGACAGACCGCCUGGCGGUGCAGAUUGGCCGCGCGCGCCUGUUCCUCUACGACAUCGCCGUCGCCGCCGAGAACAAGGUCAACCAGACCAUGGACUCGGCCUUUGACCUCGAGCAGUCCUUCACCCGCACAAUUGCCUCCCUGGCGCCCCCGCGCGAGAGCGGCGAGAAGCUCAUGCCCGGCGCCAUCUACGUCCUCGUCGCCGCCAUGGCCGGCAGCAUCGUGACCCGCAACCGCAACGUCGUCCUGCGCGCCACCGUGCCCUUUGCCCUCGGCGUCGGCGCCGGCUGGACCGUCCUGCCCAUCACCAUGCGCAACGUGUCCGACCUGGCGUGGAAGUACGAGCAAAAGUUCCCGGCCGUGGCCGAGUCCCACGUCAAGCUGCGCGAGGGCAUCCAGAGGGGCAUCCACUUUGCAAAGGUCCACAAGGAUGUCGGCGUGCAGUACGUUGACGACAAGGUGACGAAUGUGCGGGAGGCGGUCGAGAACUGGGUUGCGCAGGGGAAAUGA